UCUCUCUCUCUCUCUCUCUCUCUCUCUCUCUCUCUCUCCUACCAUGACAGACACUACAGAUGAUAUUGCAGAGGGGAUCACAUUCCAGUCAUUCGAGGACGAUUGCCGGCUGCUCGGGAGCCUCCUCAACGAAGUCCUCCAUCGAGAGGUCGGCCACAAAUUCAUGGAGGAAACCGAAAAGAAGCGAAUCCUCGCGCAGAGUGCUUACAAUAUGCGAUUGGCCGGAAUCGAGAAAACAGCUGAGUUGCUUGAGAAGCAGCUGGUAUCAGAGAUAUCAAAGCUGACGCUUGAAGAAGCCUUGACAUUGGCUCGUGCCUUCAGUCAUUACCUCAACCUCACGGGCAUUGCAGAGACCCAUCACAGGGUUGGUAAAACAAGCAACACUAGCCAUUUAUCCAGAUCUUGUGAUGACGUAUUCAAUCGUUUGAUACAAAGUGGAGUUUCUCCAGAUGAGCUUUAUAACACCGUCUGUAAGCAGGAGGUUGAAAUUGUUUUAACUGCACAUCCUACACAAAUAAACAGGCGCACCCUACAAUAUAAGCAUAUCAGAAUCGCACAUCUUCUGGAGCAUAAUGAUCGGCCUGAUCUUAGCCAUGAAGAUAGAGAGAUGCUGAUUGAUGAUCUGGUCAGAGAGAUAACUUCAAUAUGGCAGACUGAUGAGUUGAGGCGUCACAAGCCUACUCCAGUCGAUGAAGCAAGGGCAGGUUUGCAUAUUGUGGAGCAGUCCCUUUGGAAAGCUGUGCCUCAUUACUUGCGUCGUCUCAACACUGCUCUGAAAAAGCACACUGGACGACCACUUCCAUUGUCUACCACACCAAUAAAAUUUGGCUCAUGGAUGGGAGGUGAUAGAGAUGGAAAUCCUAAUGUAACAGCAAAAGUCACAAAGGAUGUUUCUCUUUUAUCACGGUGGAUGGCAAUUGAUCUUUAUAUUCGAGAAGUCGACAACCUCAGAUUCGAAUUUUCCAUGAAUAGGUGCAGUGAUAGGCUGGCAAAACUUGCACAUGAAAUUCUACUUAAAGAAAAUGAAUCUCUGGAUCGGAAUCAGGAGAAUUGGAACCAACCAACAAAUAGAAAUCACUCAAAGCCUUACAACCAACAAUCUUCAGCCUUGCCAACACAACUUCCUGCCGGUGCAUAUUUUCCAGAUUGCACAGACUACAAGGAUGGAGAAUCUCAAUAUUCCAUGCUUGAAUUUCCUGGCACUGAUUACACGACACAUGCUCACCAGGAUGUUGAAGGUUCUUUGAGUUCAGUUUCUUCAUCACAAGAUUCCACUCAAAAAUUCUGCAAAAGAUUUGGAAAUGGAAAUCUAGCUACGGGCAGCAAAUCCUUUAAGGUUCCUACCAAAUCUCAGUUUACCGCAACAGGAUCUCCAUCAGUGCCAGCACCUGCUCGGUGUAAUUCUUUUAGCUCCAGUCAACUCCUUGCUCAAAGGAAAAAAUUCGCAGAAUCUCAAAUAGGAAGAACGAGCUUCCAGAAGCUUCUAGAGCCAACUCAACAUCCCGGAAUUGCUUCUUAUAGAGUUGUUCUUGGGGACGUAAAAGAAAAGCUCUUGAAGACACGGAAGCGACUGGAACUUCUCCUUGAGAAUCUUCCAUGCGAUUAUGAUCCUUCAGAGUACUAUGAAACACCAGAUCAACUGGCAGAACCGCUACUCCUUUGCUAUGAAUCUCUGCAAUCAUGUGGAUCCGGCAUUCUUGCUGACGGACGGCUUGCGGAUCUGAUCCGAAGGGUUGCCACCUUCGGAAUGAUAUUAAUGAAGCUUGAUUUGCGUCAGGAAUCUGGCAGGCAUGCUGAAGCACUGGAUUCAGUCACUAAAUACUUAGACAUGGGUGUAUUUAGCGAAUGGGAUGAAGAAAGAAAACUGGAAUUUCUUACUAGAGAGCUCAAAAACAAGAGGCCACUAGUUCCUCAAUCCAUAGAGGUAGCUCCUGAUGUGAAGGAGGUCCUGGAUUCCUUCCGUGUCGCUGCUGAACUAGGGAGCGAUGCGCUUGGGGCAUAUGUCAUUUCCAUGGCCUCAAAUGCAAGCGAUGUUCUUGCUGUGGAGUUGUUCCAGAAAGAUGCCCGGCUUUCUGUUAGUGGGGAGCUCGGGAGACCGUGUCCUGGUGGAACCUUGCGAGUGGUUCCCUUAUUCGAAACGGUGAAGGACUUGAGAGCGGCCGGUUCAGUGAUCAGGAAGUUGUUGUCCAUUGAUUGGUAUCGGGAGCACAUCAUAAAGAACCACAAUGGAAAGCAAGAGGUCAUGGUUGGGUAUUCUGAUUCAGGUAAAGAUGCUGGCCGCUUUUCUGCAGCAUGGGAGCUCUACAAAGCGCAAGAGGAUGUUGUAGCUGCCUGUAACGAGUAUGGCAUUAAAGUUACGCUGUUUCACGGGCGUGGAGGGAGUAUCGGUCGUGGUGGCGGGCCUACUUAUCUUGCCAUACAGUCACAACCUCCUGGUUCUGUUAUGGGAACGCUCCGCUCAACAGAGCAAGGUGAGAUGGUGCAGGCCAAGUUUGGGCUGCCCAAGAUGGCGGUGAGGCAGCUAGAGAUCUACACAACAGCCGUCCUGCUCGCAACAGUACGUCCCCCGAUCCCACCGAGGGAAGAGAGAUGGCGUGACGUGAUGGAUGAGAUCUCUAAGAUCAGCUGCAACAGCUACAGGAGCACAGUCUACGACAACCCAGAGUUCCUGCACUAUUUCCAUGAGGCGACCCCACAGGCCGAGCUUGGAUACCUCAACAUUGGAAGUCGUCCCACAAGACGGAAGAGCACGGUGGGCAUCGGGCACCUCCGGGCCAUACCAUGGGUGUUCGCGUGGACCCAGACGCGGUUUGUGCUACCUGCAUGGCUUGGAGUGGGGGCCGGCCUCAAGGGUGCAUGUGAAAAAGGAUACAAAGAGGACUUGCAAGCAAUGUACAAGGAAUGGCCGUUCUUUCAGUCCACCAUAGACCUUAUAGAGAUGGUGCUCGGCAAGGCCAACAUUCCCAUAGCAAGGCACUAUGAUGAAGUUCUAGUGUCAGAAACGAGGAUGGAGCUCGGAGCAGCGCUAAGGAGUGAGCUCUUGACGACGGAGAAGUACAUACUGGUGGUUAGCGGGCAUGAGAAGCUAUUGGAAAAUAACCGAAGCUUGAAGCGACUGAUUGACAGUAGACUACCGAAUCUUAAUCCAAUAAACAUGUUACAGGUAGAGAUACUGAAGAGGCUGAGGAAGGAUGACGACAACAAGAAGCUUAGAGAUGCAUUGCUCAUCACCAUCAAUGGUAUAGCUGCAGGCAUGAGGAAUACAGGUUGAUUUAUUAACUAGCCUUUUUCUUGGGUGAGCUGAAAGAACAGCUCAUGCAUUAUAUAGCCAAGAACCAGUAUGAAUUCUUCUUGCAAUGGGUCCAGGUGGGCCGCCUGAUCAUGUUAGGCCAUUGGAUAGAUGGUCCUGCUAUUUUGUUUUGCAUGGACCCACCGUCACCGUGGUUGGAUGAUCAUAGCCAUCCAAUAAGAGAUUGCAUCCAUUUUGAAUGCACGUUAACCGGGUGGCUGUGAUCAUCCGGGGCCAUGAGCAAUCAGUGAUCCCUUCCUAUCCAAAAGCAGUAAAUGAUCAUAUGUUGCCCAACUGGGUCCAAUAGAGAAACUCAUACUCUAUGCAGAAGAAUUCUUACUGGAUCAUCUUCAUAGUAUAUAUUUGUUACAAGGAGUGUCAUUGUGUGGGAUUGAACCAUCACAGACUCUCCUUAAACACAGAUUUAUUUAAUGAGUUAAAAGGGUGUUUGGGUUAUUUCUGUGAUUGAGAAGAGGGUGUUGAUGUCACUGGAAAAGACAGAUGUUUGAUUUCCAUGCAAUCAAGGAAGAGAGAUUUUCUUCAACAGCUUGUAUUACAAC